GCAACUCAACAGUCGCCUCUCUUAUCCUCUCUCUCAGGAUCACAUUCAGGAGAGUCGCUUCCACUAAGUUCUGGUAACCAGAUUAUUGUUAGAUUUACAACUAUUGGACCAUUGACAUCGAAAGGAUUUCACUUUGUCUAUCAAGCGGUUCCUAGGACAAGCGCAACUCAAUGUAGCUCAGUGCCAGAGCCGCGUUUUGGAAAAAGGAUUGGAAAUGAGUUUGCCGUUGGAUCUGUGGUUUUCUUUGAGUGUAACCCAGGAUAUAUCCUCCAUGGAUCAGUGUCCAUCAGAUGUGAUGCAGUGCCUAAUGCCUUGGCUCAG